UUUUAUUUGGAAGUUUAUGCAAAAGGUUGUUGACUGAUUAUUAAAUAUUUCCAUUUCUAUAUACUAUUUCAAAUACAAUAUUUUGGGAGGGAAUAGGGAAUGCGCUAGUUGUAACCGACUUACCGGUUCAUUUUGUUCAUAAAGUUAUUCAAAGACACAAUCCACAUGGAUUCAGAAUUACCCCAAGAAAACCUUGCCGAAAAGCGAGAAUCAAGUCCAAAGGUUUCCAUCAAUGAAAAUACUGACUCAACAAAAAAUGAACAGAAAGUAAAAACAAGAUCCAAAAGAAGAAGAAGUCGAUCCCAUACACCACAAACUAAGACAGAUGAUACAGCUUCAAAAACGUUGCAAAUUUCUCUCAAGAAAUUGGAUGAGGAAGUGAAUAACAAGGAUAUUAUUCAAGAAAAUGGCAAGGCUUCUGAAAAUGGUUCCCAAGAGACUCCAGAGGAAGUGAAAACUGUUGAAGAUAGGGACAAGAAUAAAGUUGAAGCAGAAGUAUCGAAAGAUGAUGAAGUAAUGGAGGUACCAGAAGAAGUGAGCGAAGAAAUAGAGGUUGUGAUAUUGGAAAAAGACACUUCGGAGAAAGUUGUCAGUUCCGAUAAGGUUGUUAGUCCCAAGAAAAUUGUCAGUCCCAAGAAAGUUAUAACUCCCAAGAAAGUUGUCAGUAACAAAAAAGAGAAAGUAUCAAAACAGCCAGUUGAACUGACAGUUGACAAUCAGGAUUCUGUUGAAAUGGAACCCCUUGUUAUAAGCGAUGAACCAGACCCAGAGUUACAGUUUGACGAAAACUCAGAUAUCGAAUCUGGAAAAGGCUCCCCUGUUAUUUCCAGAUGCAACACUCGUAGAUCUCAAACUAGAAAUAUUCCUACACCGAAAUCUCCCAAACUCGCAGAACAGCAUCAAGAUCCAGAAAAUAAACCUGUAACUAUCGAGGAAACGAAUUCAGAACAGCCUAUAAUUGAAUUGAGCGAUAGUGACAGCGCUGACAUGGCAAAUUCGUCAACAAGAGCCGAGGUGGGUAGCGAUUAUACACGUCUCGACUACACAGAGACAAAUAAUUCCGUACCGGAAGACUCCAGCUACUUGAACGAGGUCAGGGAACGAUCUGUGACUGAAACCCUGCGUUGUCUGUCAUCGAGAAGGCCCAUAAGAGGCGACUAUAGAAGGAUUGUGUUCCGGAAUGCUCAUGAAAAAUCGGAGUUGAACUUGCAGAGUCGCGAUUCCAUUGAGAAUGUUCAGACUGGUGUCAAACGUAAAGAUCGUAGCGUCACACCGGAGGAGCCGAAAAAAUUCCGGGGGGAUACAUCCGGGCUGUUUUCGAGCCCCUUUGCUGGUUUCAGGAACAAGUUCAAAUCAGAGUUGCCAUCGAGUACGCCGAAAUUAUUAGGUUACAAAGAUAUCAAAAGUGGCUUGCAGUAUGAAGAGGGGAUAGCUACCGAUCGGAAUGCAGGAGAGAAGAGUUGGUGUGCAAUUAUGUGAGGUGUCAAGUGAUUGCAUCCUGUUUCAUAAAAGUAAGUUUUGUCAAGUUGUAUUGAAUGUCAAAUUUUUGUAGAAGGCAAUAAUCGAGUUCACCUAGUGAUGAGAAACUGAAAAUUGUCCCAUCUGUUCUUGUUUUCUGGAUCCCUACCUAACAUUAUUGAUCAUUGGGUUUGGUAAUACAUACUACCAAGAGACAUCUCUAAUCACACAUUAUCACCUCUCAUGAGAACAUAUUCGGCCAGAGGCCCUUAGGACGCAAACUUUGUCCUUGAUACCUAAAUAACUAUUUGAUAGUGAUUUUUAUGAUUGGAAUGUAAAACAACAACAGGGUCCAAAAUUUCAUCAAUGAACUCAAUAUGCCUAUAGACAUGAAUAUUCAAAUUCCAUGAAAUAGAAUAUUUUUAUAAAUAUGACACAAUGUAUAAUUGGACUUUGUUGACAUUUUUGAUUCCCUUAGUCACUCUAAUUUAGUGUUAUGCAGAAUAGCUAGGAUUGAGGAGCCAAAUAUUCAGUAGUGUUGCCAUAAACUGGUUGCAGGAAGGUGAAUCAAAUGCUAGUUGUAAUUGAAAAAAUUGAAGCUAAUCAUUUUGAAGUUCAGUAUUAUAUUUACCACUAUUAUUUGUGAUUUUUGUAUUGAUUUUAUUUUUUGUUUAUAAAUUUUUUUUUUAUUUUCACAUUUGUGAUGUCCACAUCAAUAUUUACUGUUGUAUGUACUCUCUGACCAGAUUCUAAAUUUAGAAAAGGUAAUGGUAGUAAAGAAAGUAUAUUUCAAUUUGAAGAUGGCGCAAGUUUUGUUGAAAAGGGCUGUGAUUGGUGUGAGAGGUGUUUGAUUUUUGUUUUGGACGUUUCAUAUUCCCAUUAAUUUUAGUUGGAACCAUGAAGACAAUAACAGAAUGGAAUGGAAUGUCCUUAUCUCUAGGCGAAAUUCUCCUUUUCAACUUUAAUCUGGAAGAAAUUUCUGUUACCUUCAACCUUCUAUACAAAAUAUUUUUUUUAUUCUGCAUAUGAGAGGGAGAGAGAGAGAGAAAAUCUUUAUUAGGGAUAUACCCCAAAGGAGCAUUGACCGGAGUCUUUCAGCCCAUUCUGCAGAUAAAAUGAUAAUUAACCAGUGUUCAAAAGUUUUCACACUUAUUAUAAUGAAAGACAUAUGACUUUUUCCCUUUUGGACUGUUGAGAAAUCAGUUUUUCAGUUUUCAUAUUACAUAAUAUAAUGAAACUUUGAGCAUUGUGGCUGUUUCUUAGUUGUAAUGUUAUUGGAUGAGUCUGUGCAUUGGUUGCAAACAGGAAACCUGUUCGUUCGUAUUUUGUUGAAGGUAGUGAGAAAUGUUUAUAGAAGCAUUGAUAGAAAAAACUUUUCAAAACGUGGAUAAGUUGAAGAACUGUAAUUGAUUAUCGUAGAAAAAGUAAUGUAUUUUUAUGAAAUAGGUUGGGUAAACCCAAAGAUAUUUUGAAAUGAGUUUAUAGUUAUAGUCAUCUUCUAUAAUGUUUUAGUUUUUACAUCAAACAUUGCUUAUUCAUGUAUUUUAUUAAAAAAAAACAUCGGGUGACCAUGAAAACGAGACAUUAAGGAUACAAUUUUAUUAUUUUCAGUCUGAUAUUGAAAUUUUGCAUUAUUUGAUAUGAUUUUGCUUGCUAGGUCUAUUCGGGAUUUGCCAGACUGUUGAUUUUUUGAGGACUUAUUUUUUUAAAGACUGUGUAUGAGUGUUAUUAUAUUUACCUAUUCCUUCAAGAGAAGUGUAGAUAGAGAAACAAUGUCCUCCCAUUUGUUCUUUUCUUCUGGGUUCUAACUUGAAAUAAUGAAAAUUUUAUAUUGGUGACACAAUAAUGAACGCCCCAUUGGCUUCCCAAUAAGCAACCGACCGAGGUCCUUCGAUAUAGAUAUAUAAUUAAAUAUGUUUGUAACAGUAAUAUUGUUGUUAACUGAAAUUAAAAUUUGUAUAGCUUACAAAGAACAAUUGUUGAAAAAACUAAAAGUUUCUUGGCACUUCUGCUGUCUUAUGUGAGUAACUUAGAAAUCGGUUGAAUCUUGGUUAGCUGAUUGGUGACAGAAAAAUGAGGAUCUCAUUUUUCAUAAAGUUAAGUUCAAACCCUGUAAACGUGGACCAAAAGGGGACAUUUUUUUUUUUCAACUCUCAACCCUGGCCGAAUUUUUGCUAUUAGAUCUGAGUAGCAUGUUAUAUUUUUUUUUACUGUGUUUGAAUUUUCAGUAAGAUAUUAACAAAUAUCAAUAAUGAAGGAGGAAAAUUCAGUAAGUUUGUAAGUUGAUCCCUAUAAUAGGAGAUUGCGGGGGACCGAAUUCGGGAUACCAGAAAGAAAAUUUACUCCUGAAUUUUUUUUCAUGAUCUGAAAAAAAAAAUUAUCACAGUCACCUUGACAAUUUAUUGACCCAAUCUAGUACAUGUUACCUUGAAACAAUUCAAGAACUCAAGUUGAAAUUGAAGUAUAUAUUAUUUUGGCACAAGAAAAAGUGCUAUCCAAUGGAACAUAUAUGUUUAUCUGAAAAUGUUGGAAAAUACAAGGUGUCCAUAUAAAAACCCAAAGUGGACGUCACGUUCAGCGAAUCCAAUAAAUAUGAAUAAUUGGACAUUUAAUAAAUGUUUAAAGUACCAGUAACGGUUCAAAAUUUAAAAUGUAUCAGCAGUAGUUGCCAUGGCCACCAACAAAACAUUUUUUUAUGACUUAUGACAGAAGUGAUGUUUGAUGAUUUGAUAUUUAGGUAUGUAUCCUUUGAAUAUUUUCCAAAUAUUUAUGUAUUCAGUAGAUCAACGUUUGCUUUGGCUAUUGAAAUUUUGUAUGUUUAUUAUCACAUUAAUAUACUUAUUGAAUUAU